AUGAUCACAAGCCGCUAUGUUUAACACUUAACUAUCUCCUCAGGAUUCAAAUAUUAAGAAAUAAUGGAAUAAUUUACAAUUUACAAUAUUUUGAUUCCCAUAUUCACGAGUAAUUUGGAUAGAUUAGGACAGCAGUAAAUUAUCAUAGAUUAUUUUAUAUAAUCAAAAAUAAGAGUUUUAACAAAUUAUAAUUAAGUAUUAAUAAUAAUAUAAUAUUUUUUAUAUAAUAAAUAGUUUAUCCAUCAUCACUCAUGUUUAAUAACGUAUAAUCAUCGUGUUGAUUCUAUUUUCAAAUCCUAGCAUAUGAUAAUUAUGAAUACAACCAUUAAUUUAUUCGGCUUUAUGGAUUAAUUUAGACAGUAUAAACUCACAUGCUUCAAGAAUGGUUUCAUCAUUCGUAUCUAAUAUCAAAUAUAUCUAAUAAAAAAAAUCUUCCUUAUGGUAGUCUUUUGAAAAUGAUUAGUACAACUAAUUCAACAUAAAUUACUAAACUACUAUUUGAAAAUAUGAAUAAAUUUAAAGUAUAUUGAAUGAAAAUUUGAUGUUAACAGUGCUUCAUUAUGGAUAUCUAGUUAAUUUAUAUGUGGAUUUUACCUAAAUUAGUUUAGAAGUAAAAAAUUCCCUUUCAAAGAUCCUAAAGAAUAUAUUCUCAUAUAGAUUUUGAAAAAGAACCUUAUUCAAUAGUUAUUUAUAUUUAUUGGGAAGAUCAAGUCAAAAUUUUAAUUUGAUUC